GUAAUACAUCCCAUGCAAACCUCUCCUGUUCUCUCGCGUUUCUCUCUGUCUGUGCAACUACCGAACUUCCCAAUGGCCGGAACUGCCUCUCUCUUGACCCAGAAUUUUCCUUCUCAACCCGCAAACACCAAAUCAUUUGUCCCCACUGAUUCCUCUCCCGAAGCAAUUACAGCUUUUGACGAUGAAAUUCCCACCAUUGAUUACCAACUUCUCUUCGCUGAUGAUCAUGAUCUGCGUUCCAAAGCUCUUGCAGAACUUGGCAAAAUCUGCGAGGAGUACGGCUUUUUUAAUCUGGUAAAUCACGGUAUACCGGAAAGCGUGAUGGAGAGAGCACUGAAGGGGGUUUCUGAUUUCUUUUAUCUAACGGAUGAGGAAAAAAAGGAGUAUGAGAGAAAAGAUUCAACGGACAGGAUCAGGUGGGGACUAGGCUUCUCUCCUGGGGACUAUCAAAUGGUCAAAAGGGAGUACCUCAAAGUUAUCCCACAUCCUAAGUUUCAACGCCCUACCAAGCCACCUGGCUUCGGUGAUGCCCUAGAAGACUAUUACAAAAGGGACCGAGAGGUGAUAUUGAAUUUGGCAAGAGCCGUAUCAAAAACUUUGGGGUAUGAAGAAUCAUACAUAGAGAAGGUGUUUAAUCUGGAACAAGGGUCUGAUGUAUCGGCCAUGAACGUCUAUCCUCCGUGGUUCCAGUCAACCACCCCAAUCGGUCUGCCAGCUCAUUUCGAUCCCGGUUACCUUGUUUCCCUCAUCCAGAACGUGAAUGGUGGUCUCCAAAUUCUUCACAAAGGAAGGUGGGUCAAUGUUCAUAUGCCCCCUAAUGCCAUUUUUAUUAACAAUGGCGAUCAUCUUGAGAUUCUAACAAACGGGAAGUACAAGAGUCCCAUGCAUAGAGUGAUCCUGAACAACAAGGUGAGAAGAGUGUCCGUGCCGACGGUUCAUGGACCGUCGUUGGACACUUUUGUGACACCAGCAGCUGAGUUCGUGGAUGAGUUUCAUCCACCGGCGUACAAAGCGAUGAUCUACAAAGAUACCUUGGAAGCUAAUGAUUACCAUGAGGUUGAUGGAAAAUCCUGCAUGGCACAACUUCGUCUAUGAUCCUAUCUAUUCCAAAUACAAGUACUAAAUAAAUGGUUGCUUGCAAGGGCGUUUGGGAAAAUUUAAUAUUGUAAGAUGGUGUGCUAAUUAAUAUGAUAUUAUGUAACAAAUUAUUAUGUGUUUGCUUUUAUGGACGGAAAUGAUCGUGUAUGCACUAUCGUGAGAAUAAAAUAUUGUAAUUAAUGGUAUCCAUUAAAUAAGGUCAUCCACUUCGACCUAGCAUAUUGUUGUACGUUCCUUUCAUACAUAUAUAUAAUAUAUUGGUUAUGGUUUUAAUUUAGUUUA